CCUAUGACUGUAUGACAUAACAAACUAAACCUCUCUUCAGCCUCUUAAAGCCUGGAAGUUAUUGGGGAAAGAGACUAUGGAGAGGCUUAUCCAUUCUUCUCCUCUACCUUCUAAAACCCUUCUAAAAUCUUCUCCUUCACUCCAUCGAGCUGCUCCAGUCGAGGCCGGAAAACUCAAUUUUUCGUCUUUUCCACGAACUGAGCUAAGGCGGUUGGGUUCAGUUUUCUUCAAACAGGGAGAGCACUCACCAUCUUCAUCUUGUUCCUCUUCGAAAUUCGCUGUUCAAUGUUCGAAAGAGGCUCCGGAUUUUCCAGUCCCUGCCCAGUUCACAUCCAAGACCCAUUUUCUCGAUCAGAUAGCUGGAGACGAUUUAAAGCAGCAGAAAAGAAUCCCAGCUGGAGCAGUUAUACUGUUGUCUGCUCUGGUAGUGUUCAUAAUCCAUCCAGUUCUUGCUCCUCUGGCCUUUGCUACUCUACAAACUGCUACUAAAACUGGGGGCUCUGCUGCUGCUGCAGUAGGAGGAAGACUUGUUCAGACUGAACUGCUAAGUAGUGCUUGGACUGGCUUCGUUGCUGGUUGUCUACACACUUUAUCAGGGCCGGAUCACCUAGCUGCUUUGGCACCACUCUCAAUUGGGCGUACACGGUUGGAGAGUGCUGCUGUGGGAGCUCUAUGGGGUUGUGGCCAUGAUGCGGGCCAGGUCAUUUUUGGCUUGCUUUUCUUACUACUGAAGGACCGUCUCCACAUUGAGGUUCUCCGCACAUGGGGUACGAGAGUAGUUGGCGUAACUCUACUGAUCAUCGGUGCUAUGGGAAUCAGAGAAGCAUCAGAAGUCCCUACCCCAUGUGUCACUCUAGAAAAUGGGGAGUGUGAUGUUAAUGUCCUUGAAUCUCUUGAAACGCCAAUGGCUGGGAAAAAGAAGAUUGGCUUUGCAACAUUUGCUACAGGGAUUGUCCACGGGCUGCAACCAGAUGCACUGAUGAUGGUUUUGCCUGCACUGGCACUGCCAUCACGCAUGGCUGGUGCUGCCUUUCUAGGUAUGUUCUUGCUUGGAACUGUGUUGGCCAUGGGAAGUUACACGGUGUUUAUAGGUUCUUGUAGUCGGGCACUGAAACAAAGGAUCCCCAGAAUAACUGAAAAACUAACAUGGGCUUCUUCUCUUGUAGCAAUUGCUCUUGGAUUUGCCAUUCUCAUCAGCCAGUAUUUUGGUUUUAGCCUGUAUUAAUUCAAGUCUUAUUUAAAUUGUCCAUUUCUUUUAGCAUCCUUGUAGUUUAGGGGGAAAAGGUUCUUCAGAUGGAUGGGAUAAGUUCACUGCAAAUUCUUCUUGUAUCACGCUUCACUCAUCAAGAAUCUUUCUUUACUGUUUCUUUUCCUCUUCAAAAUCUGUAGGCUUUUAUAUACAGGAAACCCCUUUCUUUCAGUUUUUGUGGGCUUAAACCUUGGAUAACCUUAUUUGUGGUGAAGAUCAGAUUUAUUUGCUGAUUUCUUGUAUUCA